AUGGCUGACACAGGCUGGCUGCGUUUCCUUGGGGGCAACAGGGCUCGCCCACACGAACUCAUAUCCCGUCGCUCCGAAGCUGCUUUGCAGGAUCUUCUCAAGGAUAACUCUCGAAGCACAGGAAGGCAUACCAGUCCCGAGAAAAAAGCCAUGACACAACCUACAAGCGGUCAAGAUACAAUUCAAUCCAGUCGAGGCACUGCCUUGGUGUCCAACUCAGAUUUCGCCAUGGACGAAGAAGACAAGUUGUUCAUCAACGCAGCUCAGCAGGUUUGGCAUAGCCCAUCUGUUGAGCAAAUCGCAGAUUCUUUACGUGUCGCUCUAAUGACAACUGCUACGAAUGAGCCACUAUCUCCUGAGUAUCGCCCGCAUAUCCUGCUGCUAUGCGAGGCUUAUGGCACCCGACACAGCAAAACCGCCAAGCUUGAACACCAGUUAAAGCAGGAGACCGAUCGCCAUACCUCGAUUAAGGAACACUGGAUGAUUCAGGAGGCACGAUACAAAGCUGAAAUCAAGCGUCUUGAGAUGUUUAUCCAUCGAACAUCCGGUACAGGCAUGGAAGCUGUGGCACUGGCCAGAGCAGGAAGUCUCAUAAGGGGUAAGAUGCCUGAUCCUCCCACAGGGGACCGAACAACCACGGAACGAAGUACGGUUAACGAGGGUACCGACACUCUUGGUGGACCCUCUAAGACUACACUCCAGCCCGAGAAAACAGCUCUGGCACUCGACGAAGCCCUGCCAAAGCGACAAGGCACAGUAUUGUCCCGAACACGAACUAUCGAUACCAGUAACGAGAUCAGCUUGAGCAGAGGCUUCCGAAAUCUGGACAACUCCAAGAAGAAAGCCAUCAAUGGCACUCGCCGACGCAAAGCGCGAGAAGUUGACGAAGAAGGGGCACUUCAACAACAAGACCGAGCAGAGCGACGUUCUCAGAGCGCUUCUGUGCUCUCAAUUGGUCCAAGUGCGUGCGAUAUAGUAGACACAGCGCCACACGAGGAUUGUGUCAAUGAGAAGCGCGAUUCUGCCGGGAGGCCAGCCGCGGAAGAAUCGCAUGAGGCUGAAAUUGGAGAUGGUAGUCAUGGCCAGCCAAAUUCCGUGUCCACAGCACACAUGCAUGAACAUAAGCACGAGCAAAAGCCCGAUCGAACUAGCGAUCAGAACUACACUCGACACCAUCGUCGCCAGUUCUCAUUUGUGCCAGGGGACGACAGGACAGCUGUACGAUUGGGCGGAACCAGGGCCGUAGUCUCGGAAAACACACCAGUAAGCGAAGACCAGACCAUUCAGGUACCAUCAGUUGGUGCUGGUAGUGCAGCGGUUCCAUUCUCUCGAGAGAACCGGAGGUCGAGAUCGGCCGAGUGGAUACGGAGGCCCGGGCGGCCACGGCCAGACACAGACAACUCUCCCGGAGCAGCAAAUCUAACUGGAGCCCACUAA